AUGGAGGACGUCCAGAUCUCCAAGCUUGCGGGCCAGCUUCUGGUCGAGAUCGACGUACAGCUGGAAACGGUGCUGGUUAUCGACCCGGAGACGUCUUUAGAUCGACUUCUGGACCUUAUUGACCAGUUCCAGGCUAACCCCCAGCUCUUGGAUACCAAACUACGUCAUUUCAUAGUACGACUAGUGGACUCGUACAAACAGACCACAAACGCACACGUUCGCGAAUCCAUCGCGAUGGUGUUCUAUGCGUUCGCUAAAACCCGCGGAAUCAAGGUCGUCUCCAACUGUUUGACAAGCGAUCUCUAUUCGCUAACUAGUGUACAGAAACAGCUCGCAUCGGCAGCCAGCUGGCAGGAGAGCUUCUUUCUGCUUGUAUGGCUGUCCAUCCUGGUGUUGGUGCCGUUUCCCCUGGAAAAAACGAAAAAAGGCCUAUCAGAGUCCAUCUACAAGCUCGCUUUCGAGUACCUCAGCUCAAGCGGAAAAGAGAACGAUGCCAGUGCCCUGCUGAUGGCCCGGCUGCUUUCUCGAUCGGACUGCCAGUUUCUGCUUGACGACUUUGUGAGCGACAACUUUAACACGCUCGCUUGGGAGUCCAAGAACGUGUUUGAACAGAUCGGACUGCUGACCGUGACAAACCAUCUUUUCAAGCUAGCGUCGCCAAACUCUCUGCAUGCUUUCGCGAAACGGCUGCUGGUGCUUAUUGCCAACGAGCUCGAUGACAUCAACACGUCUACACUACGUUUGUUUGUUAAGAACCUCGGCAAACUCGGUGUUCUGUUCAUCAAGCUUGACGAGUACGAUCCCGUCGAGGAGAUCCUCAAUUACCUGAUCGGCUACUGUGGCCAUUCAAGCACACAGAUCCGAUACUCUGUUGCGAAACAGCUGGCCAAGAUCUCCAGUCUGCUGCCCCAACAACUCAAAGACGAUAUCGCCAACGCCCUGUACUUAGAACUUGGACUUUCAAACGAUCAUGUGGAUUUCGAACUCGCAGAUCUGGAACUGUUCCACGGAGUGCUGCUGUCACUCGGCGAAUUUGCCAGAACACACCAGCUCAACUCCAAGACGAUCCCUCGUUUGUCCGCCUUACUCCACCAGACCCUUUUUUUCCAACAGCACCGUGUCACGCAUUUCGCCGGAGCAAGUGUUCGCGAUGCCACCUGCUUCAUCAUCUGGUCUCUAGCCAAACGGUACAGAACAGGCGAAAUCCCAACAUCUGUCUGGCUCAGGUUCUUCCACGAUCUGGUACUGUGCUGCUGUUUCGACAAAGAACUUGUUGUUCGGCGUGCAAGCUCUGCGUGUGUCCAGGAAGUGCUUGGCCGACAUGGAGAAAUAAUCGACCGCAAGGACUCCAACAGUCUUAAGGUGAGAAUUCUAGAGACGCUGGAUUACGCUACUCUGGGACGUCUUGACCGGUCGUUCGAGCUGAGUUUGGACAUAAUUGGAAUGGGACUCAUGGAGAACGAGUUCAAGCAACAGUUAGAAACAGACGUUUUGCACAGAGACUACGAUAUCCGCACUCGUGCGGCAAAAACAUUGCGGAAAAUCAACAACAACGACGAGCUCGUGGAGAAAUACUACAAUAUUCCUUUCAAACCGGGAAAGUUCUACGUCUUGGCCGAACUGUUGCAGGACAUUGACGUCCGCGACGUGGAAAAAUAUCACCAUCUUUUUGACUCGUUUUCGUUCGAUUUCCACAAAGACACCUUCCACCAGGGCGAGGAGUAUCUCUAUCUGCUCACAGUUCUUAUCAAGAAGGGGCUGUCGCCAAAUUCCAAAGAAAUAGACACCGUUUUUAACGUUAUCCGCAAUGGAAGCCAGCAGGUGAGUGAAAAAUUUCAUCAGCUGGCUCCCGUUUUGGAACUUUCCGACACAGAUAUUGAGAAAUGGCUCUACUACAUCAAGAACGGUAACAUGGCAGCAGCACGGGCUGUUGGCCGUACGAAGUGGAUCUCUGGCCAGAUGGACUCUGUAUUGGACCUAAUAGGAAGUCGAGCCGAUGCAGAGGUGCGUAGCUGUUUGAUAAGCUCGAUUUCCGAAUAUCUUCACGAAAAUACGCUCAACACAGUCCAGUUGGCUGUUAUAAUCAGCGGACUCGACGAUUACACCAUCACAAACCGCGGUGAUGUUGGAAGUCACGUUCGGUCAGCGACUAUCAAGCUGAUUUCUGAAAAUAAGCACAGAUUUGAAGACACACGCGAAAUCAGAAAGAAACUCGCUAGAAUCUCCGGCGAGGUGAUGGAACGACUCCGACUGAGCGCAUUUGAGCUAUUUGUGGAACUGGGUGGUCGUUCCUUCGAGAGUCCUACAUCCUACGUUGGAUACUUUGAACAUUUGACAAAAUUGUUUAUGCUAGAUAUGGUGCAGGACAGAGAGCUGUCCCGCGAGUUUUGGAAAGGAUAUGCGCUUUCUGCUGGGUCUCCGCAGUCGCUGGACCCGGCAAUUAAUGCGGCACUAUGCUGUUUUUUCGAGCUCUGGGAGAAGCUCGAUGACAAGAAAACCGUUUUGGGAGACAUUUUAUCGGUGCUGAAGCCUCAAGAAGCGGACAGAGUGAACCAGGACCGCGUUGUUAAAACACAGGAUGCGUGUUUAAGGUUUUUAUGCAAUUUGUUGGAGCUGAACCUGGAGAUUCCAGCCGAUUUUGCUCUUCGGAACAUUUUUGUGCGUGUGUACAAUCUGACACUGGGCAAGACUCAAACCGGACGCAUUGUCACUGCGAUCCGGAUAUUUGCCGAGCUGGCCACACGUGACGAUGCCAAACUGGCCGCAGACUGUCGCUCGAGACUGCUGUGGCUAAGCAAGAAACACCCUGUUUCCAGUGCUCGUCUUGCUGCUCUUGAAGCGCUGCAGGAGCUUCAAAGCUGA